AUUACAAAUGAACCAAGAUCCUAAUGAAAAGGAUAUGAUAGGAGAUCUUUUAGAUGGUAUCUUAAUUUUCUCCAAAUUUUAGAUAGUUUUGAAAAUGUCGCCAAAAUCAAAAAAUCAUAUACAUCAAAUAGACCCCCUGUUCUAUAAAUUAAUUAGAAUCAUAAUUCAUCUCCAAUAUAUUACCCAAAAGUAUAUUCUCCUCAAGUGCAGCAAAAACAAAAGUUUUUUAUCUUCAUUAGUUAAGUUCUUAUGAUUUAGAUUUACGGCUCACCAAAGUCCCUGUCUAACAGAGUGCUCCAAAUUCAGCAUUAAAACCAAAAUCAUAUGACUAUGUAACUCAAUUUAAUCCGGAUGAUGAAACUUCCUUGGACGGAGAUUUAGUACCUAAUUAUACUUCUAUUUAAGAUAUCCAAAUGCAAAGAUUAGAACGGGGCUAGAAGCAUUCAAAAAGCCUUUCAAGAAGGUUCUUAGGCUAUCAGAGAACAAAUUUUUAACAAACUAGAAAAGGGGCUGUUGUCUCUCUCAAAAGAUGUCUUUGGAAAUUAUGUCAUCCAAAAUCUGCUUGAAUUUGGUAAUAUUUUUAAUAAUAAGAGGAACUUCAAUUCAAUAAUAAAAAAUACUAGCCAUUUUAUAACCUCACUCUUCACAAUUAGCAUUUCAUCAAUAUGGCUGCAGAGUUCUAUAAAAGUUAUUAUAAAAUGCCCAUAAUACAGCAGAUUUUCCAAUCUUAUUCGAUACGAUUAAAAAUAAAGUGAGAGACUUAGUAAUUGAUUAACAUGGAAAUCAUGUAGUUUAGAAAUUAAUCUAAUUGAUGGAGAAUGAUAUAAGUUUAUGGGUCUUAGACGGGAUUGAAGGAUAAGUCAACAAACUUGUGAUUAAUUCAUUUGGUUGUAGAAUAAUUUAAAAAGCUGUCUCUAUUUCUACUAAUCAUCCUGAUAGAUAAAUGAAAAUUUUAUUUGAAAUUAUGAGGCUAGCCUAUGAACUCUGUAUUUCCCAAUAUGGGAAUUACAUAAUCCAAUAACUAUUGAAGGAAGGACCUCUCGUCAUCAAAAACAUAAUUUAAUAAAUUAUAAUGGAAAAAUUAGAAGAAUAUAGUUUAAAUAAGUUUGGAAGGUACAUAUAUAGUAUAGUUUAGCAAUGUCGUUGAUUGUGCAAUCAAAUGCUCUGAUAAUUAGUUCAAACUAAAAAUUAUGGAAUUGUUACUGAGUCAAAAUAAUUCAUAAGUGCUAUUUGUAAGAUUGUCUACGAAUGCAUAUGGCAACUAUGUAGUUUAAAAUUUUUUUAAAUACGCAGAUUCAGAAAUACAAAAAGAACUUUAUUUAAAAAUUACUAAUAAUUAAUAACUCUUAUAAGAAAUACAAUAAUAUAAAUUUGGUAACUUAUAAUUUAAUAUCUUUCAAGGUCAGUUUGUUUACUAAAUGUUGACUUAGAAAUUAGAAUUGGAAUCCUUCAAUUUAUGA